GUCCUCGGGUGAUCUGCGCCGCGACUUCAUGCGUGGCUCUCUCUCUGUGCAAGAGUGAUAAUGAGGAAGCCGAUAAUUCCGACAGGCCCGACUUUAUCCGGCUGCUACUUCUGGCCUCUGCUACAGCAGACAGGAUGAAUGCAUUUUCUCUCACUCACGCCCUUUUUCUCAGCCUCUCCAUCUCCAUCUCGUCUCCUUUCCCUUCUCUCUCUCUCUCUCUCUCUCUCUCUCUCUCUCUCUCUCUCUCUCUCAUACGCUCUCCUCCUCCCCUUUCUCCAGCAGUAGCCUUCUUAAUGUAGUUUAAUGGCUUUACAAAGAAAGCCAGGCAGAGGAGCACUUCUCAGUGGCUGUGGUCGGACCAUGACCUAGCUGACCAUGAACUUGGAAGGGCUUGAAAUGAUAGCAGUUCUGAUCGUCAUUGUGCUUUUUGUUAAAUUAUUGGAACAGUUUGGGCUGAUUGAAGCAGGUUUAGAAGACAGCGUGGAAGAUGAACUGGAGAUGGCCACCGUCAGGCAUCGGCCCGAGGCCCUUGAGCUUCUGGAAGCCCAGAGCAAAUUUACCAAGAAAGAGCUUCAGAUCCUUUACAGAGGAUUUAAGAACGAAUGCCCCAGUGGUGUUGUUAAUGAAGAAACCUUCAAAGAGAUUUACUCGCAGUUCUUUCCACAGGGAGACUCUACAACAUAUGCACACUUUCUGUUCAAUGCAUUUGAUACGGACCACAAUGGAGCUGUGAGUUUCGAGGAUUUCAUCAAAGGUCUUUCCAUUUUGCUCCGAGGGACAGUACAAGAAAAACUCAAUUGGGCAUUUAAUCUGUAUGACAUAAAUAAAGAUGGCUACAUCACUAAAGAGGAAAUGCUUGAUAUAAUGAAAGCAAUAUACGAUAUGAUGGGUAAAUGUACAUAUCCUGUCCUCAAAGAAGAUGCUCCCAGACAACACGUCGAAACAUUUUUUCAGAAAAUGGACAAAAAUAAAGAUGGGGUUGUUACCAUAGAUGAGUUCAUUGAAAGCUGCCAAAAAGAUGAAAACAUAAUGCGCUCCAUGCAGCUCUUUGAAAAUGUGAUUUAACUUGUCAAAUAGAUCCUGAAUCCAACAGACAAAUGUGAACUAUUCUACCACCCUUAAAGUUGGAGCUACCACUUUUAGCAUAGAUUGCUCAGCUUGACACUGAAGCAUAUUAUGCAAACAAGCUUUGUUUUAAUAUAAAGCAAUCCCCAAAAGAUUUGAGUUUCUCAGUUAUAAAUUUGCAUCCUUUUCAUAAUGCCACUGAGUUCACGGGAUGUUCUAACUCAUUUCAUACUCUGUGAAUAUUCAAAAGUAAUAGAAUCUGGCAUAUAGUUUUAUUGGUUCCUUAGCCAUGGGAUUAUUGAGGCUUUCACAUAUCAGUGAUUUUAAAAUAUCAGUGUUUUUUGCUACUCAUUUGUAUGUAUUCAGUCCUAGGAUUUUGAAUGGUUUUCUAAUAUAGUGACAUCUGCAUUUAAUUUCCAGAAAUUAAUUUUCAUGUUUGAAUGCUGUAAUUCCAUUUACAUACUUUAAGUAAACAAGAUUACUACAAUUAAAAAAACGCAUAGUUCCAGUUUCUAUGGCCUUCCCACCUUCUGUUAGAAAUUAAUUUUAUCUGGCAUUUUUAAACAUUUAGUUUAUUAUCAGCAUAUACCUAAUAAAAAACUUAUUUUAAUAAGCAUUUAAUUUUCCGUAAUACAUUACAGCCAAGGCCUAUAUAGUAAUUUUGGAUUUGUUCUAUCUUACAGGCUGUUUUCUAUUAUUGUAUCAAUCAUUAAGUGGAAGUUCAAGAAGGAGAAGGCAUCAAACAAAACAAACAAGGAUGUUUACAGACAUAUGCAAAGGGUCGGGAUAUCUAUCCUCCAGUAUAUAGUAAUGCUUAAUAACAACUAAUCCUAACAGCAUUAAAGGCCAAAUCUGUCUCUUUCCCCUGACUUCCUUACAGCAUGUUUAUAUUACAAGCCAUUCAGGGACAAAGACUACCCCACUGUCUACUAGGAACAAACAGCAAGCAAAUUCACUUUGAAAGCACCAGUGGUUCCAUUACAUUGACAACUACUACCAAGAUUUAGUAGAAAAUAAGUGCUCAACAACUAAUACUAAUCCGGAUUAUUCAGAUUAUUUAUUUUUAAUCAUCUUAGCCAAAACUGUAAAGUUGCCACAUUACUAAAGACACACACAUCGUCCCUGUUUUGUAGAAAUAUCACAAAGACUAAGAGGCUACAGAAGGAGGAAAUUUGCAACUGUCUUUGCAACAAUAAAUCAGGUAUCUAUUCUGGUGUAGAGAUAGGAUGUUGAAAGCUGCCCUGCUAUCACCAGUGUAGAAAUUAAGAGUAGUACAAUACAUGUACACUGAAAUUUGCCAUCGCGUGUUUGUGUAAACUCAAUGUGCGCAUUUUGUAUUUCAAAAAGAAAAAAUAAAAGCAAAAUAAAAUGUU